GCUGCCUGCGCGGGCCGUGCUGCUAUAAUAAGAGUCUCUGGCAGCUGUUUGCGCCGCGCUGGGCUGGCCGGGCGCCAGGCUCCAGUCAGUUGGGCUGGAGGACGCCCUGUUGCCUCCAUUUCCCACCUCGGCUGCAGCCUCUUGCCUGACCCGCCAUGCUGUCGCUGCCAUCCCUGUGUGUGGGCUUCCUGGCCAGAAGAGGGGUCCUGGGUGCUGCCAGCAUCCGAGCGGCAUCUCACGGCCACGGCGGGCAUGUCACGACACAAGAGGACUUAUCUGUGUCCAUGUAUUACGACACGCGCAGCUUUCCCCUUCCAGAUGUCCCUUUCUGCAAGGAGCUGGAUGCUUCUCAGAAGGCCCUGAAGGAGAAGGAGAAGGGGUCCUGGACGCAGCUGAGCCACGAGGAGAAGGAGGCCUUGUACCGGCUGAAGUUCCACCAGACUUUUGCGGAGAUGAACAAGCCAACCAAUGAAUGGAAGACGGUCCUGGGAGGCGUCCUCGCCAUGCUUGGCUUUACUGGGUUGAUCGUGUGGUGGCAGCGGGUCUAUGUGUACCCGCCGAAGCCACGCACCUUGGACGAUGAGUGGAAGGCCCAGCAAGUCAAGCGGAUGUUGGACAUGCGCAUGAAUCCAGUGCAGGGCUUUGCUGCCAAGUGGGACUACGACAAGAAUGAGUGGAAGAAGUAGAAGGGCACGGGAGGCAGCCUCAGCCCCUGCUGCCCUGCUAACCCCUUCCCACCCCGGCUCCUUGUUUGGGCAACCUACCCUAGGCCUGAGCCUUCUCCAGCCAUCCGGUGCGGCUUCUCCAUCUUUCUUGGGCUGAUAUGGCCAUGUCAGCUGGGUGCAGAAAGAGGCCGAUCAGGUCCGCUAGGCUGCCCCUUCUGUGGCAGGGGGUUUAGUCCCAAGCACCUUGCGUGGCCUUCCCUUAGACAACGUCUCUUAAACUUCCUGGUCUUUUAUUUGCACACAAUUAAAAAAACAUGUGACACUGAA